AUGAGCCAUAUUCUGAAUCUUCUAGCUUUUGGUGCAUUUGGUGUAACCUCUUCGAUUCUGUUCAAGAUACUGUAUAACAUCUUCCUACACCCACUCCGACACUACCCCGGACCAAAAUGGUGGGCUGCCACUCGCCUCGCCUGGUCCCAUUCCAUGCAAUCAGGGACGUACCACCUCAAGCUCGCCCAGUUUCACCAGCAAUACGGCCCAGUCGUGCGAGUCGCUCCUGAUGAGCUGUCUUACAUCGACCCCGAAGCCUGGAAGGACAUCUACGGUAAUCGCAACAUCCCAAAGAACCGUGUGUGGGCUGGUCAAGAAGAAGAACAUCGUCCUAUUAGCAUUGUCAGUACGGAUGAAGCAACGCAUUUGCGAAAUCGCAGAGCACUUACUAGGGCGUUUACCGAGCAUGCGAUCACCGAACAUGCACCUUUACUUGAAGGUCUUGUUGAAACCAUGAUACAGAAGCUCAGCGAAGCAACUAAGCAGGGCGGCGGAUCCGCAAUUGUAAACUUCACAGAUUGGUUCAACUGGCUGACUUUCGAUAUCUCGGGCAUCCUCUCUUUCGGCGAAUCCUUUGGCAGCGUAGCAGCCGGGCGUGCACACCCCUGGGUCGAAAUCAGUUGCAGUUUCGGCAAAGGCAUCGCGCUCAUGGCUUCAAUCAACUUCUUUCGCCCUCUGAAUAAACUGCUGAAACUCGCUAUGCCAAGGGGGAUCAUGGAGAAGAUGAAAUACCAUAAGGAACUGGCUCAUGCGAAGUUCAUGCAGCGUCUCGCGAUGGAGCAUAAGGAAAAGACCCAGGACUACGUAGGCUCGAUCCUGGCGUACAAUCAAGACAAGGGGGAGACAAAGAUUCCAGAUGAAGAGAUUGAAACGAACAUGACUGUGUUAAUUUUUGCGGGGAGUGAGACUACGAGCACUUCGCUUACAGCGAUACUUACGCAACUUCUGCAAAACUCAGCUGCUUUGACGAAAGUCGUAUCAGAGAUCCGCGAGAAUUUCAGGAGCGAACAAGACAUCAGCAUUACCAGUGUGGGUAAGCUGGAUUAUCUCGAUGCCGUGAUCCAAGAGGGCAUCCGAAUGGGUCCCCCAGUAGCAGUGGGUCUACCUCGCAUCACUCCGACAGAAGGUGAGAUUAUCUGUGGUCAAUACAUACCAGGCAAUACUUUCGUCUCCGUAAACCAAUACCCGACCUUCCGCUCCACCAUAAACUUUACCGAUCCCGAUCUGUUCGUCCCAGAACGCUUUCUAACUAACUCACCGUAUCCUUCUGAUCGCAUCGAUGCGUUUGUGCCGUUCCUACUCGGACGCCACAAGUGCAUGGGGCAAAAGCUCGCGUGGGCAAUCAUGCGCUUGACGUUGGCACGGCUGUUUUUCAGGUUUGAUUUAGAGGCAGCUGAGCAGGUUGGUGAUUUUGGGUUGCAGAAUAAUUUUAUGUUUUGGGAGAAGAGAGCGCUUAACGUGGAAAUUCAACCCAGAGAAAGGGCUGGGGUAGUUGAGUGA